AUGAGGACAGGAGCUCGACUCUUCCAGGAGCCCAGUGGCAGUGCUCUCCACGGCAACCAGGAACAGAAAGCAGGAAAGGUUCCUGCAGGAACCGCCACCUCAGCGCCUUAUAAGACAGAGAGCGCGGGCGGUGAGCAUUCUGCUUUCUGCCCGGCUCUGAGGCGGGAUCGCUGCGUGCUCCCUCCUGCCUGCCUGGUCCGGUGCGCGUUUGAAGGCGACGUCGGAGCCACAGCCGUGACCCUGUGGACACCUCCAGCUCCCCGGGCCUCUUGUAGAAGUCUCCCCCCACCCCAACCCCCACCCCUGCCCACACCUUCACGUGAUCCCCUUGGCGGCGCCCCACGGGCUUGGUGCAAGUGUUCUGAGGCCCGCAAGCGGCAAUGGUCCCGGAAGACGGGAUUCCUCAUGGAGGAACCAAGGCGUUCGAAACGACUUCGCUCCACCGCCUUUAACCAAGCUUCAGGUGCGCCUCCUAUGGAGCCAGGCUGCUCUGGUGUGGACCGUGAAGAUGCUGCCGAGCCAGUCCAACCUGCAAAACCCAUUGCUUAUGUGAUACCUAUGAGACGGGAGCCCCCAGCUCGCACAGAGCCGGCUCAUCCUGCAGGAAGAGGCCGGCGCCGGGGAGGAAACUGGCAGGCAGGUCGAGGCCGUGGCACUGGGGUCGGGCUCCGCAGGGUCCCCCGCCAGAGAGAGGGGCCAGAGGUGUACAUCCGGCUAAACUACCGUGGAGACCCAGGCCACCAGGGGGAACCAGAAGUCAGGCAGACCCUAGCCCUCUCUUUUAUCGAAGCAGCUCCUAUGCCUGGAACUGUGCAGGAAGGCCCUGGCUCUCACGCAGCCCAGCCUGAGGUGGGGCUUCAGGAGCCGCCUCCUGCCCCUGGGCCUGCAGCUGUGGCCAGGCAGCCCAUGUUGGCCCUCUAUCCCUGUAUUGGGUUCAGGCCUCUGGGUGGCUCCGGUCUUUUGCGCGUCAUGCAGACCUCCAGUGGCACCUACGUGCACGGGGUCCCGGUGUUCCUUGCCCACAUUACACACUGACCUCUGUCACCCAUAUUGCUGCCAGCCUCCCUUUCUUCCACCUGGACUUUCCCCAGCCCCAAAC